AUGGUCCGGACCCCUUAUUACGGCGGCAAUCAUCCGCCUCCCCUAUUCGUCGCUGAACUCGACAGUGAGCCAGGACGUCCCGGUGAUGCCCCAUCUCAUCAUAGGCCAGAUGGAACACCCGUGUUCGAGAUGAGUAGCGAGCCAGUGCUUCCGCAGCAUGGUCAAGAUGGAAACCAAUCUAGUACUUCUCAUAACGGCCCGUCGUCUCUUCAGGCCCUGGGUGCCUCCAAACCAACACAACAAGGCCAAGAGGACCAGAACAAGCCAAGCAAAGACACCUCCACUGCACCCCAAUCUGUCAUGGCCAAUCCCUGGGCAUACUUCGGACCCGAAUCUUCGGAUGAUAAGCCAAAAGAGACGCAACGACCUCAGACAGACAACCGCCGGCCAUCAGAACCAGUGUACAGACCCUAUCCUGGCGAUAGCAAUGACAGCCCUCCAGAGGUUCCUCAUGGCACACGGCCAUCCACCAAUCCUUCAAGCCCAAACCUCAAAAAUGAGGACUAUGCCUUCUAUCCUGCUCCGUUGAAGCUUGCCCAUCGUCCUGUCGAUGCAACUUCCCCUCCUGCCUUCAAGGCAUAUGCUCCUCCAGUGGCCCAGGAUUCAUUUGAUUCAGAACCGAAGCCUUUAGGCCGACCUGAUAGGACCGACUCGCAGUCGCCAACGGCUCUAAAUGCGUAUCGACCAUAUAGGCCACAUUCUACUCAGCCUCCUGCUUCACCUGUACCAACAUCCAAUACUCAUCCUGUCACUACGUCCCCUAAUCAGAAUGUCCCUCUCCCUCUUGCAUCACCUCCAAGGCCCCCAGAACAGCAACCACCCGGGACAGUUUCCCACCAAAUCACCUCGACAAAACCUCCGAGCCACACUCCAAAUCUUCCAGCUUCGGAUGCCACCCUACCAAAGCCAGCUGCCAGUCUUCCUGCCUCCCCGAAGCUUCAAACUCAACAAUCAGAACCACAGCCGCAACUACAGUAUGGUAUUCCUAACGCUGCUCCGGUUCACCCGAUGCCUCCAUCUACGUCGACCUAUCUUCCCUCCCCUGUGACCCCUUCAGUCCAGUUAUCCUCAAUCGUUUCUUCACCAGCAACUCCUGCGACGAAUGCAGGAGUUCCCUUCACUCAGCCACAGUAUGCUGCUCACGUUGCUGUCCAGACGUACGCUCAGACACCUUCAUCGGUCGCAUCACCAGGUCCAUCUCAUCAAACAGGAGUGUCAUUUGCACAACCGCAAUAUGCUACUCCAGUUCAAGCACAUAACUUUGGAUCAAACCAAUCCAACAUUCCCGUCACUCAAGCCCCGGCAUCUGUUAUGCCAACUUCGGCCAGUAACUCAUCACAAUCCGCUCCGGUUCAGUUCAACUAUGGUGUGCAGCAGCCAACGUAUUCAAAUACAGUAGAACCAGCGCAAAGCACUUUGAACCAAGCAUCCGUUCACCCAUCCGCCCCUUAUCAACAAUCAAUUACUCCCGGGCCCAGUGUACAACAAACACAUGCGCAACAACCGAACACGGGACCACAUGGUACACCGGUGCCGACUGUGAUCCCCCAAUCACCCCCACCUCCAUAUGCGGCUCAGGACACCAGCUUUGGAGCUGGAUCGCAACAAUCUGGACCAGGAAAUCCCACGAUGUAUCAACCAUCUCCAACCGGUCCUUAUCCUCCUCAGCCUCACUAUUCUACCCAACCGACCUACGCUCCGGCUACUAGUCCUCCCUUGCCGAAUCACUCAGGAAACAGCCUACAGCCCCCAGCUCUCCCUCCCAGGCCAUCCUCAUCGCAAGGCUUCGCUCCCACAUCAGGUUUCGGUGCAGGCCCUACUGGUUACAACCCUGCCAGCUAUCCCCGUCCACCACAAACAUAUUUCGCACCUCCUCCUGCACUGCCACCACGACCUGGCCUUGGUAAGCUAGCUGGUGGCGGUGGAAAGUUAUUUGGCAGCAGCUCUGCAGACAAAUGGUUAAAGAAGACGGGCCAGGUAUUGGAAAGCACGUUGGCACCAUAUCUUCAAGGACAAUCGGCAUCCUAUCGACCGGGCUCUAAUGGUUUGCAAGGACAACAGGGACAACCAAUGCAGCAGGCACCAGGCCAGUAUCCUCCCCAAGGCCACCAUUUCCAUGUACCUCACUUGGCUCCUCAGUACAGAGGUGCUUCAGAAUCGGCACAUCCACCGCAGGGACCCGGUGCACCAGGAUACUAG